AUGACGACUCUCGUAACUCUUCGACAGCCGCUGGAACUUCUUAGCAUGAGCGACCAGCCAGUGCGCAGAUCAAAGCGCCAGCCGGGGGGGAUGUGGAUACAACGGCAAUCUGAAGGAGAGGACGAGAUUGUACUGACUCUGAGAGAACAAUUAGCCGCGGAUUACGAACAGGACGACGAUUUUCAGUUUGUGCGGAAAUCGAAAAAGGCGAAAACCGAGGAGCCGGUUGCCCUCCCCGUGAGGAAGUCGUCGAGAGGGAGGCCUUCUGCGGCGGCUGUAGCGGCGAGGGAGCGGGCGGCGAGGGAAUCGAUUGGCAGUGAUGAGCAGGUGGACUUGAUCUCGGCGACGACGACGACAACGACGACAACGAAAAAGUCCUCCUCACGACGAAAAGCGGCAAAUGACGCGCCCCGGGACGAGCCGCCCACCAAGGCAUCGAAGAAGGGCACGAGAAAGAGCUCGCGGCUAUCAAACGACGAUGCUGCAUUUGAGGUGCAGCAGGCUCCGCCGCGGGUCAAUGGCUCCUCAACCACUCAGGUCCGCACCAAGAAGGCAGCAAAGUCCAAGGCGCCACGGCCGGUGACGGAGGAGGAAGAAGAGGGAAAUGCGUCAAUGGCAGAAUCGCCAGUGCAUGAGACGACUACAGGGCCCACCAAGAUUGCGCUGCCAAUGAGCGACACACCCAUCAUUAACCGGAACAAGGAGAUGCGAAAGAAGGGAGCCAACGGGAGCCGAAGAAGCAGUCUGGGGUCUCGCGGACGCAGGGCGAGCUCGCUGAUUGAGAGCGGGCAGGCGGCUAUUCCUCAUCGCGAAGUCAGCACGUCUGCGUUUUACAAGCACAUUGAAGCGGAUUUGCUGGAGCCGCGGCGGAUGAAGCAGCUGUUGAUAUGGUGCGGUGAACGAGCGCUGUCGGCCAAGCCGCGCGGCACUGCCAACUCUGGCGCAAUCCUUGGAGCCCGCGCGAUCCAAGACCAAUUACUCAAAGAUUUCGCGACAAGAUCAGAGUUUUCGGACUGGUUUAACAGAGAAGAUCAUGCGCCCAAAGCGCCUGUUGUCAUGAAACCGAAUCCUCGGAAUGCCGAGCUGGAUGAGAAAAUGGCGGCCCUGCAGGCAAGGAUCAAGAGACUGCAAGAAGAGAAAAAGGCGUGGCUGGCAAUACGAAAACCACCUCCGGAGCAACCACCUCUCUUCACCCCACAAGAGAAGAAUGCAGACACGAUCACACUCCCUGAUUUCGAUCUGUUGGAUCCAGAAGAAGGCAAAAUCAGAGGCUUUCUUGUCGACGAGACCAACAGCUUCGCAAGCAUACGAUCACAGACGCAAGCGCGGUUACGGCAGAUUCAAUCCUCUCUCGAAUUCGAAGUCGAUCAAUUAGCGGACAAUGUCCACAAGCUGGAGCAGCGGGUCAAAGUCGCGGGCAAGGAGGCAGACCGAGUACUGGCCUUGAGCGCCGUGAGGUUGAAAGAGCGCGAAGAGAGGGAGAGGAAGAGGGCGGGAACCAAGGACCUGCCCAUCGUAUUGGUGCUGCGAAGCUUGAGCAGCAUACUGCCCGAGGAAGAUGGAUGA